UAUGCGGUUUGAUCGCACAAGGAUUGUCCUCCUCGGCCACCGUAUGAUGUCGUGGCGUUUGCUGUGCUCUAGCUAACCAUAGUUACCUGAUUACCGUUAGCUCUACCUUCUAGCUUAUUCUGUCUACAUUUGUUUACGUCCACGUUACAUAAACCACCGGACAGUAUUACCGCCAGUGGUUCAAGAUGAGACGCGCUGGUUUGGGUGAAGGAGGCCCUGGGAAUUAUGUAGCAAGUGGCUACAGUGUGUAUGAAGAGGAAAAUGAACAUCUACAGGAGGGACUGAGGGCUAAAGUCAACGCUUUGAAAAGUUUGUCCAUCGACAUUGGUACGGAAGUCAAAUACCAGAAUAAAAUGUUGGACGAAAUGGACUCGGACUUCGACUCGACAGGCGGCCUGCUAGGUGCCACCAUCGGUAGAGUCAAGCAGCUGUCCAGAGGCAGUCAGACCAAACUGCUGUGCUACAUGCUGCUCUUCUGCUUCUUCGUCUUCUUUGUCCUAUACUGGUUCAUCAAGCUGAGGUGAUAGGAGGACCCGGUUGCACUUCUUAACUCCACAUCUUCAUCCCCGGUCUGUGCCAUGCUGAUGGAUCAAAGCUAAACCGACAUAAUGUUGAUGACGACAGGCAGGGAUAUUUUCUCUCAGCUUUACAUGUGCCCAUGUUUCUGAGUAUUACAACAUCCCAAAUGUAGUCUUGGAUAAAGUCCUACUGAUGCUAUAUGAUGGAAUCCCUAAUAAUAAAACAAGGUCUACAUGAUGUAACACGUGAAGUGGGAAUUAGAUAUGUACUGUACAUCUGAAGAAGCGCAAUCAGUGUACUUGAUAUCAGCCGAAUUUACAACUGUAUAAGAUACUCCUGUGUGAAUAACCAUAAUGCAGUCAUUAACACAUUGUAAGGUAAACAUUAUUAAGUUAUAGAAAGCCACUCAAAGCCAAUAAUCUAGUGUAUUUGCUUUUAAGAAUGAAUGGAUAAAGUACAGCAUUGUUUUAUGUUUAUUGUAAAAUACUUUUUAAUGUAAAUAAACUAAUUUUACGAGCUGAA